UCGCGCAACUUUUCUUCCUGACCGUCGUCGUCAGCGGCGCACCGGAACAAUUUUUUAUUUCGCUUUUUUCUUUCCGUACAAAAGCCAAAGUACGGUGUGACUUGGUGCGGCACGAUGGUUCGUUUUUUCGCAAUGUUUUUUUUUCGUUUGUAUGUAUGAAAUGUGCGCGAUCGAUGGUUCAUUGUGUAGCAAAGUGAUGAAAAAUAUCCCCGCUUGUUUUUCCUUCACUCAUGAAAUGUGACGCCAGUUCGACAAUGUGCAACGCAAAAUUUUAGUGUAGGUCACUGCACUAAAAUGCCAAGUACCAGGCUUUUGGAGAAACGAGUAAAAGAAACAACGGGGCAGGGAGGAAAAUAAGUGAUAUAACGACAAUAAGCUCAUUCACUAGAAUAUUAUACAGGCCAAGAUCGUGCGAGGCAAGAGAACUUUUGAGUGAACAAUGACGUCUUCUCGCAUCUGGCGAGGUGAUAUUCAACGCCGAGCGCAUUACUACUACGACUACUACUACUACUUCUACUACUACUAGCACCAUUACUAGCACUACUAUAUCUGCAUAGAAAAGCGGCAGGCUAAGCAAAAUCGGCCGCCUCUCUGCGAGCGAAACUUGUGCGAACUUUAGCUCGCUCGGCAUCAGGAAAUUCUCCCGGCCGCCACUGCCGCCGAUGCCACCACCACUGCCUCGCUCUAUCCUUCCAAUGAUCCAUAUUUCCUUGGCGUGCGUGUAAACUUUAGUUUGCCACUACAUAUAUAUACGAGCGCUGCAGUAGAAUAAAAAACAAACGUAACGAGGCAUAAUGACAAUAAAGGCAAUGAAAAGGAUAAAAGCGAUAAAGGCGAUAUUGCGAGUACAAGAAGAACGACGAAACAAUUAAAAAUGACGAGGAUCCAGCUGCGAUCAGGAGCACGCUCGACCAUCCUGGCGAAUAGUCCUCCGUGGCAGUGAAAGAAAAAAAACCGCCCGACAAUACUCGUAUAGACAGCAGAAGAGAGAAGGAAACAUGUCAGUGGAAGUAGCGUUUUAAAAGACCCAAGAAGAGACCAAGACAGAGGAAAUACAGCAGCGGAGCGCCUUAUGCUCGGCUGCCGUUAGCGCUACCGGCGAGGCUGUGUGAAGGAGACAUGUCACUGCAGCACAGAUAUUACGUGACUACUGUACCAGACGAGUCGGCAGUCGAGGAAGGCUUUCGAGUGCCCCGAGCCACUGUAGUCCACAUGGCAUCGACGACCAAUCGACCGCAGCACAUGUCCCAGGUCCUGGCGACUCUGGCGUUGUCCAUGGGAACGCUAUCCUCGGGCUUGGCCAAAGGUUACACCUCACCGGCGCUGGAUUCGAUCCUGGACAAUCAUUCGCACUCGUACCAGAACAACAACGGCACGUGGACGACGUUCUCGGUGACGCUGCAAGAGGCCUCGUGGGUGGCGUCGCUGUCGCUGCUGGGCGCCUGGCUGGGCGCCAUGGUGGGCGACGGCAUAAUGCGUCGGGGCCGCAGACUCGCCCUCAGACUGACCUCGCUGCCUCUGGCCGCCGCCUGGGUGCUGACCAGCUGCGCGCCCUGCCUCGAGCUCAUCUACGUGACGAGCUUCAUCGGCGGCCUCUGCUGCUCCGUCAUCACGAUGGUCGCGCAGGUCUACAUAUCGGAGAUCUCGGUGCCGAGCAUCAGGGGCUGCCUGUCGGCCAUGCUCAAAGUCCUGACGCACGUGGGCGUGCUGCUGUCGUACAUAGCCGGCUCCUAUCUGAAUUGGCGUCAGAGCGCCUUGCUGGUGGCCAUAGCGCCGAGUAUGCUGUUCCUCGGGACGCUAUUCAUACCCGAGACGCCGUCCUAUCUCGUGCUCAAUGGCAAGGAUGAAGAGGCUGCCUCGAGUCUCCAGUGGCUUCGGGGCUCUCAAGUCGACAUCAGGCACGAGCUCCAAAUUAUAAAAACCAACAUUCUGGCCUCGAGAGCAAAGCAGUACGAUUUAUCGUUCAAGAGCAGCGUGAUGGCACCGAGACUGUACAAGCCCAUCGGCAUAACCUGCGGCCUCAUGUUCUUCCAGCGAUUUUCCGGUGCGAACGCCUUCAACUAUUACGCCGUCAACAUUCUGCGCCAGUCGUUGCGCGGUAUGAAUCCGCACGGAGCUUCCAUUGCCGCGGGUUUUGUUCAAUUAUUGGCUGCUCUACUCUCCGGUUUUCUCAUCGACAUAGUCGGACGUUUGCCACUGCUGGUCGCAAGCACGGUCUUCAUGUCUCUUGCCUUGGCCGGUUUCGGCAGCUACGCCUACUACAACUCGAUGACGCAGCCUCACACGAUACCGGUCGUCCCGCUGGGCACGUACGCGACCGCCGCCGAGGCCGCGGCCGCGACCAACUUCAGCGGCCAGCACGACUGGAUACCACUCACCUGCGUCCUGGUGUUCACGACGGCUCUGGCACUCGGUAUAUCGCCGAUAUCCUGGCUGCUCAUAGGCGAACUCUUCCCUCUGGAAUAUCGCAGCUUGGGUUCCAGCAUCAGCGUGAGCUUCAGCUACUUUUGUGCUUUCGUCGCCAUCAAGUCUUACAUGGACUUUCAACAGGCGCUCGGCUUACACGGGGCAUUCUGGUUCUACGCCGUCGUAUCGAUGUGCGGCCUGGGCUUCGUCGUCUGCUGCGUGCCCGAGACCAAGGGUAAACAGCUGGACGAAAUGAAUCCCGACUACGCCAACGCCCGGUAGUAUAAGGCUUCCCUCACAGGAGGG